GACUGCCGAGACGGGACAAAGGAGACCUUGGAGGGGAAAAAAAGUUUUCUGAAUCUUGUGGGUAAGAUUCUACUGAUCAAAACCACAGGAUCCCACCAGGUUAGUGAGUAAGAUGCCGCAGAAAGGCUGCUUGUGACUUGCUGGACUGAGAAAUAACUCAGUUCCCCUUGUUUUGUAAGUACUGAAACAUUUUCUUACAUUGUUAUUGCCUCUGAUGAUUUCCCGCUGUGUUCUGAGCGGGGAUGGGCUACAAACUGAGGACUUUUCUUGUGUCCCCGAUGCGUAAUCGUUCUGAUUCUCAAUAGUCUAAGCGUGGGAAGGUAACAAAACUGCUCUGGAAGACCCGUGACCGUCCCUUCUUCUCACACCCACUCGGUUGUAUAUGUAGUAGAAGUACGGCCUCUUAGAUACUCUAUCGUGUUUGGCCAAAACGCUUUCUGGCCCAUCCUUUAUGGUUCAAGAGAGAAAGGGAAUAAGAUGCCCACGGCGUGCAUGUACACAGAAGCAGCUGCCUUUGCUCCCUUCCUCAUUCUCUCCCUCCAGGCAGCAAGGGGAAAUAAAGAGAGAAAGGCAAUAGGAGCAGCUUAGUUUGCUGCAGGGUCCUAAAACUAGUGCCUCGCCAGGAGUCGUGGGCUGGAAUUAGGUAUGUUUUGUUUUGUUUUGUUUUGUUUUGAUUUUUUAGUAAAAAUGAAUAAAUCUGCCUUUCUCUCUAUUGAAAGCCUUCAAAGAGGGGAUGGGGUAAAAGCAGAAAUGGGGUACUUUUGGCAUGAUGGGCAAAAGGUUAUCCAGUGGGACAAGGUGGUGUGAAGUUAUUAGAUGUGCAGCUAUUUCUUUUAGAAGUUCUAAGUCACUGCUGCACACAGGAAAGCUUCCCUUGCCUCAACCGAAGUAUUGUUUUAUUUACUUGUAGCAAAAUGCCCAAGACAUUGCUAAAUAUAGUUCAUGAUGAGAAAUAUAACAUAGCUGCAGUAAUUAUAUGGAAAUUUUGGGUGCAAGAUAGCUCUGAAACCUUUUAUUUUCACUAUAACAUGAUUUUAAAGUCAGCCCCUGUGACUUGGUGUGUGUGGAAUUUUUCUAGUUAGUAGGGUUAGCUGGGCCCCACCUUUCAUAUUCCACGUACCCUACUGGAGCACUUUCAAACAAUGAAAAGUAAUGCUAGGGUCACAGGCAAGUUUACUUGCAAGAAAAUGCCAAUGACCUUGGUUGACUUGCUUCCGAGUAGCCCAAGAUGUUAAGCACCAAUGUAAGAAAGGGGAAUUGGGUUGUGGUGCCUGGACUUUUUUUUCAAAGGUAGUGUUUUCUGCCAGAAUGCCAGUGUGAUUGACAGUCUCCUUGUUCUGGCAAGUAAAUGAGGUGAUAAUGUUUGUGACAGAUUAGCAUAGAGGAAGUUUGGGGUUGAGGAAAAUGAGCAAACGCUGGGUACUGCUUUCCCUUUCUUUGAUGUGGUCCUUGUUUCACAGUGGCAGUUUAAAUGGAAACUUUUCAUUAAAAGUUAAAGGUUGUUUUUCAGCUGACUAGAGAUAUUUUGUUAAAUGCCAGUGUGCUUUACAAAUUAAACCUAUACUCCUAGGUAAUUAUAUACUGUACUGUAUAUGGUUUUAGUUGGGAUGAUCCUAAUAAAUUGGAUAUUCUGCUAAGUGGUGCUGCUUGCUAGGUGUGGGUGUGUUGUACUCUCCUUUGAGUGAGGCUGUGAAGGCUGUUUUGAUUAACUCCUGCAUUUCAGAAUUUACUGCUGUGCUUCUCUGACUCCUCCUGGGCUGUCCUGCUGUAUCAGACCAGAUAAUAUGAAAGAGAUGUUUGCAGAAAAGGAAUAGGGGGAGGGUGGAGGAUGAGGCUGCAGCCUGUGCUUCUUGGCACAGCAGAAGCAGAGAUCUUUGGAACACUUUCUUGGCCCUGCAGGCAAGCCUUGGGCAUGCAGUAGUUCUAUUGUUUCCAUUAUUUCAGAAGCUGCUGUGGAGAGACAGUAAGAAUGCAAAGGUAUGUCAGGAUGGAAGCAUGCCUUUGCCUUCUGCCAGGGAAGUAGGAUGCGCUGGGCUAGGCUCUCUCUAGCCCUGGAAGUGUGAGAAAUUUCAUGGAGUUCAGAGGUCUUCUGGGUGUCCUUACACUGGUAAGUAAACUAUCUGGUUUGGGGAUGAGAAUUACCAAUUGCACUAAGGGCACAUCCUGCCAGCUUUCUUUCUGCAUUCCUAUUUGGGUGCUGAACUGGCAGUGCAAAAAGUGUUUUUGAAAGAGGCACUGUUUCUCUGGAGGCACCACCCUACUCACUGCAGGAAGCCAGAUGUGAGCCCUGCCCUGCCCUUGUUAACUGGCAGGUGAUUAGUUCAGUCCAAAAACCCCACUACAUCUGGAAUGCAGCACAAAGACACCAGAGCAGUGCUUCUAAUUGCUUAGCCAAUCCUGGCUCUCAUGGGUGACCAUCCUGAGACUGCUUUGAUGUUUCAUUUAGGACAGGAGGCGGUAAACCUAUUUCCCUCCAGAUGUUGGACUCCCAACUCCUAGCAGCCCCAGCCAGCAUGGCCAAUGGUCAGGGAUGAUGAGAGUUGUAGUCUAGCAACAUCUGGAGGGCCACAUGUACCCCCUCCAAUGUUCUAGGGUUCCCACAUGAUGGUCCUGACCUGCCCAUCGUCCCCUGCAUGUGACCUAGUGUAGGAGGUUUCACUCUAACUGAGCAACAGUAGCGUUAGCAGUUCUGGUGUUGAAUAUGGGCUUCUUGGUUCUUAAGAAUUCAUACAGGAAAGCAUACUUCCAUAUGGAAGAAAGCGCAGAAGCAUCAUGUGACAAUUUUACACGUCUCGGUUUCAUCCUAGUAUAUACCCAGUGAAACAGAUGCAUGCAGACAUCACAUGUAACAAUCUGCACAUGAGUUUCAUCCUUUUCCCUACAUAGAACUGUUCCUGUUCCGGUGAAUGUAUAGGAGUGGGUGUGCAGCCCAACCUGUUAUCUGUCCAAACAUGCCCACAGGCUGGGUGAGCAAAACACUCUGAAAUUCCUGCUGCUGGGGGCUGGGAGGAGAGGCCUGAAUGUACUGCGAUUAACUCUUCUAUGUCCAGUGGUGGCCAUGCCUGUUGUAAUGAUUCUUCUCCUGUGUGGCUGCCAAGAAGCGGUAAUUAAGCUGCCACUGAGAUUUGUGUUGAGUUAGAAGUGGAUGCAGCUGCUCCCCAACAUAACCCUGUGCAUGCUGUAGUAAUGAGAGUCUGUGUGUGCCCCCAUACCGUGCAAAAUCACUGCUUCUCUGUGAUUUGGCAUUUAUUCCAAGAAGGGGGAAAGAAUACUGCCUCCGGCCAUUUGCAUAGUUAAGAGUUCAUUUACACAUGCAUAAAUUUGAUGGUGCCUGCUGCCUAAUUUUGCAGAUGUUAAAUGAAAACUGGCCAGGGUGCAAGUCUACUUCAGCCCAAAGAGAAUAGUCCUAUUAAAAAUGGGGGAAUGCAUAAAGUAUGGCUGGGGAGGUACGUGAAUGUUUGGGAUAUAUAGAUGCUCUCAAAACCAAACUGCAGGAGACGGGUGUGACUCUUUGCUUGGACAAAGGCUGUAGCAAAGGCCUGGCAUUCUGGCAUUCUAUUAGGCUGAUGUUAAAGCAUGCUAGGAGAAAGCAUGCUAAUUUAUAUGGGGGCAGGAAAAGGGUUGGCAGCCACGACUGGGCAAACAAAUGCCUUUUGUUGCAUCGUUGCUGUACCAGCUGCCUGGCCCCCUACAUUCUGGUGAGAAGCGAGAGAGUUUAAAGCUUGGGGUUUACAUACAUGCCACACAUUUAAAGUUCCCCAUGAAUCCCUGGAACUAUAGUUUGUUAAGGGGCAUGGGAAUUGUAGUUUUGUGAGGGAUGAACUACAGUUCCCAGAAUUCUUGGCAUGGGUGGGAUGUACUUUAAAUAAAUACAGUGGUACCUCUAGAUACGAAAGGGAUCCGUUCCGGAGCCCUGUUCGCAUCUGGAAGCAAACGUAACUAGCAACGGCAUGUCUGCGCAUGCGUCGCUUUUCGCCGCUUCUGCACAUGCGCAUGACGUCAUUUUGAGUGUCUGCGCGUGCGCAAGUGGCAAAACCUGCAAGUAACACGCUCCGUUACUUCCGGGUUGCCGCUGAGCGCAACUUGAACGUGCUGAAUUCGAAGCUUAUUGAACCCGAGGUAUGACUGUAGUGUGUACAGAGGCAGAGUUCUAAGUGUUCCAACAAUACCAAUCUGCAUCAGACACCAUUGCUGAGCUACUAUCCAGGGCUAAACCUUUCUGCUUGCUCUGAUAAGGAAUUCAGAAGAUCAGUGGUUGUUCCUAGCAAGCAUGAACUUGGGGCCAAGGUUUCCUCAGACUUGUUCUUGGAGGUAGCCAGGGCAGUAGUAUGGGACGUUGUUAAGUUUCACGUUAUCUUCGCAAUAGGUUUCAGGUCAGCCAGUCGACUUUCUUGGACAUUUUAGCUCAAAUCUCUUUCAGGGCUACUUGAAGGAGAGGAGCAUAGCGUUUUGCUGUAAGACCUGCCUCCAUCAGUACUCCUAAUACAAUUCCCACUUUAGCCAAAAGAGAGAAGUUGAUGAAUAAUGUUAAGCAAGGUCAAAAGAAAGGCCCAAGGAUGGUUCAGGGAGCUGUAAAUGUGAGGGAAGCUUGGAAGCUCUGGGUGGAGGCAUGGUAAGAUGGUUCUGGCCUAUGGAAGGCCAAAAUGAAAAGAAGACAGAACAACUUUUGCCACAUAGAAAAAGCCUAAAAGAGCCCAAAAUGUCAACAGAGUGAGGAGAAAUAAGUGGGGUCAGCAUAUAAUUAGGAAUGCUCUAGAAUAAAUUCAGUUUUUAAGGAAGGCUUCCUGACUGUGAGAUGAGUCACUAACAAACGUUCCCAUGGGAGUGUUGCAUUCCCAUAAUAAAUAUCUCUCACAGAUGGUCUGAGGAGGGGCCAUAGCUCAGUGGUAGAACGUCUGCCUUGCAUACAGAAAGUCCCAGGUUCAGUCCCCAGCAUCUCCAAACAAGGUUGGGCAACCUGUAGCUGGCACCUGCCAUCAUGGUCUCUGAUUGGGGAUCAUAGUAGUUGUGGUCUAGCACUGAGGGCACCUCUGGUCCUCCAGAUGUUACUGAACUCCAGCUCCCAUCAUCCCUGCCCAUAUUUCAUGCUGGCUGAGGCUGAUGAAAGAUAAAAGUUCAACAACGUCUGGAGGGCCACAAGUUCCCUCGCCCUUACUUAGAACAACGGGGUUACGGUUUCAAGAAGUAAGGGCAUUACACUGUUGUUGUUUUUCUUCUGCAGUAUUGAUGUAGGCUUGUGAAAUAAUGGGUGUCCCUUGCACCAGGCUCUAAAAUUUGAGACCUCCUUCAAAGCAAAAAAUAUGUUGCAACUCCUCCUGAACCGAGCGACACAGAAUGAACCAAGUGAUUUCCUGGCUAUGGACGUCAGAACUAUGGGCAACCAUGCUCAGCUUUUAUCUUGUGUGUAAAACACACUUCAGGCAUCCAGUCAUUUAUUUCCUUCAUUCUCCCAUGUGCCCUAAAAGCUUCAGACUUUUCCUGGAACCUGAAGCAGGAGUUCCUGGUGUUUCCUGUCAGGCAGGAAGCACCAGCUGCUUUGUUUGCUGUAGUUCUCAGUUCACUGAAGCAAGUGAGGCGUUUUGUGAGGGAACGAUUUAAUCCAUGGGUAGGCAAACUAAGGGCCAGGGGCUGGAUCUGGCCCAAUCGCCUUCUAAAUCCGGCCUGCGGACAGUCCAGGAAUCAGCGUGUUUUUACAUAAGUAGAAUGUGUCCUUUUAUUUAAAAUGCAUCUCUGGGUUAUUUGUGGGGCCUGCCUGGUGUUUUUAAAUGAGUAGAAUCUGUGCUUUUAUUUAAAAUGCAUCUCUGGGUUAUUUGUGGGGCAUAGGAAUUUGUUCAUUUUUUUUUUUUCAAAAUAUAGUCCAGCCUUCCACAAGGUCUGAGGAACAGUGGACCGGCCCCCUGCUGAAAAAGUUUGCUGACCCCUAAAUUCCGAGUGCUGAUGAGGGACUUCUAUUCCUCUCCACCCUUAAGAAUGUCAGGGUCAGGCUCUCCUUAUCCCUUGGAAGCCAAGCAGCCCUUGUGCACUGAACUGCAAAAAAAACACACACCCUUAUCUCCCUGGCAACAUGUGGCGACAGCUGGUGUAGUCUGAUGAAGGCCGAGGCAGUCAAAAUAAACUUUAGUGAGUUUGUCUGCUCCCAGAGCAGCGUGGGCGGAUGUAUGAGAAGCACCUGCAUGUGGGUGGGUUCAUGAGAAGCGCUCCCCUGCCCUUUCAGUCAAGAGAAUGGAGAAAGCCACUCUUUUUCGCCCCUGAGCGGGUGGAGUUCUGACUGUCCUGGAAUCUGCUGCUCUGUGUGUGUGUUAUCUCAGUGGUGAAAUGCAGAGCAAGGUCACUGCACCAUGCUGAAUUGCAGCCUUUGUCUCGACCUCCGUUUCCUUCCUCUUCGCAGUGUUUUGCUCCUAGCUGACUGGGCUGCUGUGGCGGUAGACAUUUGCCUUCUGUUUAAAAGAGUCUUGCAGCGGGAGUUGAAGGUAGCUUUGCGUUCCUGGUCUUGUGGUCCUCCUUGUAGCAUAGAGGCAGCUCAUAACUCCAGACCUAGCUUUGCUGUCUGUGGGAGUCAACAGGAUUAAGCCAGAUCAGUCUUCCUAACCUCAAAAGUCUUGUGAUUUCAAGUGUAGCAGCGCUGAGCCCCAAAGUGGGGCCACCUCAGCAGAAGCAGCUCAUCGGUGACGGGAUCCCUCUCUAACUUGCAUUUAGAAACGCCGUCAGACUGAACCAUGAAGAGGCAAGCAAACCAGUAGGCAAGUGAUUGGUGCUGUUGAGGGAGGACAAGAUGUCUCACACGGUGGCCUUCACCUUUCCUGCCACCGAGAAUAGGGAGGCUGCCAGGUGAGUGACAGUAUUUUAAAUGAUAAAAAUUAAUGUAAAUACACUUGGGCCUCAUUAACUCCAUGGUGUUGGGGGUAUUGAAAUUGCCAAUAUGGGGUUUUGUUUUGUUUUGUUGCCCUAAAUUGUCUUCAUCCUGAAAUUUGGUAUCUGUGUAAUGCUUUAGAGAAGGGAUUACGUAACUCAAUAGGUAGAGGAUCUGCUUUGUAAGCAGAAGGUCUCAUGUUCCAUCCCCAGCAUCUUCAGGUAGGGCUGGGAGGGUCCCAGACAAAGCUGAUCUAGAGGGACAGGUGGUUUGGUGACUUUAGUCAGUAUAAGGCAACUUCCUGUGUUCCUGUUCCAAGGCAUCCUAGUCACUCAUGCCUUAUUUCCCUUCAAAUGGAAGACUCAAAAGAUAUUUCCAGAAAUCUAGAAGCACUAACCUGGCAACAGGGAAAGUCUGAAAGAGGACAUGAUUGUUCUCUCUUGUGCGCAAAACAGAACCCAGCCGGUUACACCACUUCCUUGGUAACUAGGAAGUUGAAAUGUGGUACCCUGAUAACCACAGAAGUCCGAAGGGGGUGCUUCCAAGACUCUCCCUAGAAGCAGGGGGCAAAUAAAUGUACCACAAGGAUACUUCCAGGCCCCCCCGAAAGCUGAACUUUGGCAUGCACAACGUUCUGGACAUGCCAACUAUUAGAAAUACCUGGAAAUUGGACAUUUUUGUUCAAAAGAUGGGGCCUGAGGGAUUUACUUCAUUGUAGGGGAUAGAUUCCAGCGCACAGUGAAGCAGACCACACAUGUGAUGGAAUAUUGGGAAGUUCUUCUGAUUCAUCUAUGUUUGCAGAAUGCAAGCUUUCUUUAAUAGCACGAGAAAAAACUUACUGGGACAGGCAGGUGGUCUAUUUUAGUCCUUGGCUCCAAAAUUUAUUCAGCUGUGCACAAGUUGAGAGAAGCCUACGGCUAACUGCACAGAGCAAUAAUAGAUUACUCCACCACAUAUGUAAUUUGCAUUCAUCCCCAGCAUGUUUCAAAACAACAGAAGGAUGCCGAUCACCCUACCUAAACUUUUUAAAUGUUCCUUUCCUUUCAUAUGAAUUGUCUCAUCUUUUGAUGAAAGAUAUUCUACUUCCCAUGGUUGAACCAUGUGGCAAUGAGUUCCACAGUUCCUUGCAGUACAAAUGGCAAAGCUUGGAACUGGGAAACUAGAGGUACAGGAUUUAUGCACCUAUGGGCUCUGCAAGCAGAGGGAAAUGGUACACAUAGAUUUCAUUAAUCUUGCCUCUGAACUAAGGCACUUCUCAAAAUCCUUUUCAUUAGGUAGAGUGAAGCAGCCCCCUCAGGUGACAGGUUCUGGGGGCAACAGCAGCUCCCUGCUCCUCUUGAGCUUCCCCUCCCCUAGCCAUUCCUCACUGUUGUCAUAGGCCCUCUCUUAGGUUUGUUGCCUUAGGUGUGGUGGAGGUAAAGGUAAAGGGACCAUUAGGUCCAGUCGUGACCAACUCUGGGGUUGCGGCACUCAUCUCGCUUUACUGGCCGAGGGAGCCGGCGUACAGCUUCCGGGUCAUGUGGCCAGCAUGACUAAGCCGCUUCUGGCGAACCAGAGCAGCGCACGGAAACGCCGUUUACCUUUCAGCCAGAGCGGUACCUAUUUAUCUCCUUGCACUUUAAUGUGCUUUCGAACUGCUAGGUUGGCAGGAGCAGGGACCGAGCAAUGGGAGGUCACCCCGUUGUGGGGAUUCGAACCGCUGACCUUCUGAUCAGCAACUCCUAGGCUCUGUGGUUUAACCCACAGCGCCACCCACGUCCCUGUGGUGGAGGACCUGUGUCUAAAACUGGUGGUCCACAGUUACUGCUUUGAUGACUGAUAAUAAACACUGCCUUGUGGGACAUCUCUAUUCUUAGGCUCUAUAUACAUCUGACUCCUAGCAUUAUCCUACACAUGGAUCCAGUUGGGAGUUAGGAUGCUGUCUUCUUAGGCAAUGCACCAGCUUAAUGCUUUAGUUGAAAUUCCUGCAUUGCAACGGGGUGGACUAGAUGGCCCUCGGGAUCCCUUCCAACUCUACCAUUCGAUGAUUCUAUGAAUAAUUCUGGAUCCUGGUUCUCUGUUCCCCCACAGCCAGGACAUAAGUCCUUACGAUGAAGGUGCUGUGCACGAUUCCUUCCACCAGCUCAUCGAGGAGCAGAGCUGGCUGGCUGAACAGGAGGAGGUGGAGAUGCAGAAUCUGGCUCCCAGAGGCAGAGGUGAGACAAUGUGACUCAGUGUUGAGAACUGCUGGGUGGACAUCAUCCCUCUGAUUGCUGCAGGGAAAUAGCUGUAAUGGAGUGUGAUUUGUGUGGUGAAAGUAAUUUUUCUUGAUUCUGCUUUUCCUCAGAGGCCAAUGUGGUUGUAGAGCAGGAGAAAAACCUGGGGAAGUGUUCUGAUGUAGCUUCUAAGUUUUCACUUAGAAAGUCAGGGUUGACAGAUAUUGCUAAAUGCACAGCGUCCUAAUUUCAGAACAUUUUAGCCUCCACUAAAAUGCAGGAGUGCUACAGCUAAUCAGAAUUGUUUUAUUUCAGAGAAGCUGAUUUUGCAAUCUGAUCUGUAUGUAGUGAAAGUAGAAUGAGAACAAACUGUUAUAUUUUCACGUCUUUUUUUUAAAUUCCAUUUUCAGCCAGUUCUUUCUUCUACAACAACCCUGCGAAGUACGUUAGGCUAAGACAUGGUGACAGUGACCUUAAUGACUGAGUGGGUAUUUGAACCUUGGUGUCCCUAGCCCUAGCCUGGGCCUCUUAACAACUGCACCACACUGGCUUGCAGAAGCCAGUGAAUUUUACCCAAAGCAAAAUUCAGUUACUUUGGCAAAUACAGUAGAAACAGCUCUGUCUAUUCUUUGGAUAAUACUGUAUAAUAUUCUUUCCAAGGGAGACUAUACAGCUAACAUUGCUACAGCACUCAAAGACGAGAGCAUUGCUACCAUGACAAAGACCUUCAAAUGGUCUGAGGCGUAUUAGGCAACUGGGAGUAUUAGACAACCCCAAAAAAUGGCAGCUGCAAUUUGGGGGUUCGUCUUCUAAGCCCAGUCGCCUAAUACGCUGGGCAGCUCCACGCGGGGAGAAAGCCGCGCGGAGUGGAGCACGCCGCCCCUGCUGCAGCAGCCCGGGGGGGGCGGGCUCCGGUCUGCACCGCGCCGCCAAUACCCGGCAUAUAAGACAACCCCCAACUUUUUAACCUCUUUUCCGGGGUUAAAAAGUCGUCUUAUACGCCGGAAUCUACGGUAUAUCGAAAGUGCCCCUAUGUAAGUUAUAUACUAUUGGUUUUGCUCUGUUUACUCAGAAAUUUUAGAUGUCUCCAAGACAUAGUGAUAAGAGAAUUUUGGAAUUGUGUGCUUUAAGAACUUCUACAUAUUUCAGCUGUUUUGUUUUCUUGUUUAUUUGCAAAAUGAUUUAUAUAAAACACCAGUUGUAAUUGUGACAGUAAUUAUUGUAUUUUAAGUAACUUGAUGUGCUAGAUGAGUGAACCAAAUUACUGGAUACUGAAGAAUGAAAUACAAAUAACAAAACUAUGAAUUCAUGAACUUGCAGAUUAAGAGACAGAUUUGGCAGUGAACUUGUGAGAUUCUCAGAUGUGAUUAAAGUUGAGAUGUUUUUGGGUUGUUGUUGUUUUGCUUUUUUGUUGUGCUGAAUAUUAAUUUCACUCUUCAUGUGUUUUCGGAAGCCUCUGGCAAGAAACACUGGGGGAGAUUUCCCAGGGGUAUAGACGACUCAGCCUAGAUGACAAAAUGUGCCAUUUAAUUUAGUUUAUAAUAAUCUCCCAAGGGCUCCUUGAAGCUUCCUUUGUUAACAGCAUUGAAGCUGUGGAGAACUCAAAAGGUCUAGAAACCAAAGAACCUAGACACACACACACAUAUAUCAAUGUAAGGAUGGGUUUCCACAACAAUGCAAUGUCUCAGACCAUCAGGAAGGCAGCAUAAUUGCUGUACCAUGCAUACAAGUUUCACAUAUCUAUGAAUAAGUACAUUCUAUUAGUGCACCUAAUUUUUGCCAUCUCUGGCAAAUGGUUAGGGCCUUCAGGGGAGAGAAGAAGGAAGUUCCGUUGUGCAAAUGGAAGUCUGUUGCACUAGCAGAACUGGAGUGUUGCAAUACUCACAGAAAAUGCUAUUGUUCAUUAAAGAUUUUCAUAUUUAAUGCUGGACCAGAUGGGUUGUAUGCCUGAUUCAACGUUUGUUCUUAAGUCUGCUGUGGAACGAAAGGUUGGUCCUGAGUUGAGGUUGGGGAGAGAAGGCACAAUAAGUUCAAAAGUGGUAGCAAAGUAUUUAAAAGUUCGAGAAGCACUGCUUUUAUUUAAAACGAGGGAGCAUGCACGGAACUGGAAAUGAAAAGUAGGUAAGGAGGAUCCCUGCUCCAAUGGGGCAACACCCCUUCCACCUCCCUACCCAAGACUAUGCAGUAAAAAUCAUUUUGUUCCUCCCUUCCCUCUAGAGAAUCUGGCCUACACGGUUUCUCCUCCCCGCCGGACUGAGGCUUGGGAGGCACCAGGACAGAUGGCAGAACAUCCGGACUUCUCCUCAGCCACUCUGCGCAUCCUGGCCAGCAUGCCCAGCCGAACUAUUGGUGAGUUGGAGCAAGCCUGCAAGGAAGUGCCUUUGCAAGAGGCAGGGUCUCAGAGUUAAGGCUUUUCAGCGUGGGGCACAAACGAUAGGGACUGAAAGUUCUCCAUGGUAUCAGACCAGGAGCCUUCCUCUCAUCUUCUUUCCCAUCCUCUUGCAGGCCGCAGCAGAGGAGCUGUCAUCUCCCAGUAUUGUAACCGCACUGCCCGGCUGCGCCGGAAGAGCACCCGCGCCCCUCUACAAGAAGUGUCCCGCUCCGCGCGGCCUAGCAUUCGGCAGCUUGAUCUAGACCUGGAUUCCAGCCACGAGGAAGAGGAUAGUAAGUCCGCUAUGGAAAGCUUGGGGAGAUGCACACUCUGGCAAGAAAUUGGAAGGGGCCGUGUACUCAUUGUGCAGCUGUCUGAGUGAUGAGCAUUUUAGGGAAAUAAUAAUAAUAUUAUUUUAUUUAUUUAUUUAUACAUACAUACAUACAUACAUACCCCACCCAUCUGGCUGGGCUUCCCCAGCCACUCUGGGUGGCUUCCAACAAAAUAUUAAAGUAUAGUAAUCCAUUAAACAUUAAAAGCUUCCCAUAAUAAUAAUUUAUGGUCACUGUUCUGUGCAUAUGGUUCACCCUUCCAAAUAUUUGCAUCAUUAGAACAAUUGGACUUUUUCACCAGAGCAGGUGGGGCAGAAUACCUUUCCAGGCCAAUGACUGCUCAGAAGACCAACUACCGUAGCCCUUCAAGGUGGCAUUAUCAUUUAUGGCCCUGUCUCAAGAAAAGGCACAGGGUCAGCCUUGCCAGGAAAGGCCAUGGAACAAACACUUUUCCAGAGCUGCAGAAUCCAGUGUGUGGUUUAUUUCUUGUUUUCUGUACGACUUGUUUUUUUUUUAAUACCCAGUUCAAAAUGUGUAAGGAAGGGGAGCCAAGGAGGUACUUUUUUCUUUUUGACAUUUUCUCUCUUUUGCCAAAAUGCCUGCCAUUGGAAAUGCAGCUGGGUUUACCUCCUCCAGCAGUGGCCUUUAAACAUCCUGUAUACUUCCCUCCCUAGACAAACGCAGCCUGCUGGUGAAAGAACUCCGGAGCCUGCCAGCCAGCCAGCGCAUCAGCAUGCUGAGAACAAUGCCUCUAAGCCUGGGCGAGAAGUGCAAGCUGAGGUCAGUGCCUUUAAGCCAUUUCAGCACUACUAAAAUGGGCAGGAAUGAGAUUCAGUGGCACUCGCCCUGUGCAAUGCCCUCCCACCAGAUGUCAAGGAAAUAAACAGCUACCUGACUUUUAGAAGACAUCUGAAAGCAGCCCUCUUUAGGGAAGUUUUUAAUGUUUGAUCUUUUAUUGUGUUUUUAAUAUUCUGUUGGAAGCUGCCCAGAAUGGCUGGGGAGGCCCAGCCAGAUGGGCGGGUUAUAAGUAAUAAAUAAUAAUAAUAAUAAUAAUAAUAAUAAUAAUAAUAAUAAUUAAUUAUUGCAAUCAAGGGAGCAGUUGGUGAGUGUGCUGAACGACAUGAGGAGCUUGUACUUCUCAUCUAAAGAGCAGCUUUUUGCAAUGAUUCUAUAAAAAUCUGUUUGUCUGUCCCUUUGUAGGCAGGAAUCAAGUGGGUACUCAGGCACCUUGAUGAAACCCAAGACAAGAGCUCCUUUGUCACAUUGCAGCCGGCUUAAAUACCACAUCAUCAUAGUAAGUCAUGAACUUCACCUGCCCUGCAUAGUCCUGGGCCACAUCUGUGCCAUACCUUUAAAACACUUUAAUACCCCAUUAUUAUUAUUAUUAUUAUUAUUAUUAUUUACAAUAGAACAGCAUAGCACCAGCCCUUUCCUUAAAAACAGUCAGUUCCCAAAAGCCUGUUGGGAACUGGCUUCACCUUCAGGCAGAAGGACAACAAGGAGGGAGCAGGUCUAGCUUCUCUAGGGAGAGAGUGUCAAAGUCUGGGAGAAGCCACUGAGAAGGCUUUCUCCAGCGUCCCUUCCAAGCAUGCCUGUGAGAAUGGCGGGACUGAGAGAAAGGCCUCCCCUGAAUAUCUCGGAACCCAAGCAGCGGUUCAUGGCUUCCUGCAAAGAAUCCUGGGAACUGUAGUUUGUUAAGGGUGCUGAGUGGUAUUAGGACACCUCAGUUCCCCUCACAGAGCCACAGUAGUGGUUUAACAAUCAAGCCCUCUUCUUGGUGAACCCUGGGAAUUGCAUCUCUAUGAAGCAUAUAGGGGUCUCCUAGCAACCUGCAGCACCCUUAACAAACUACAGUUCCCAGGAUUUGUUUGGAGGAAGCUGUGACUAUUAAAGUGGUAUACUACUGAUUUAAAUGUAUGCUUUAGAAGUAGGCCUGGAAAGGUCAGCCUGCUUUGGCACCACCAGCUGCCCCCAGAAAGAGAGAAGAAUCUCUGCUUAUGCCCAUUGAAGGUGCUGCUAAAUGAGGGCAUAACUUUACCAACACCCUUUCUAGAUACAAGGUUGCCUAAUUGAGGCCAAUUCUUUUCAUACAACUAAUGAAAUCCCUCAUUUGUCCAUACAACAGCUUCCCAAGCACUUCAUUAGUACAGUGGUACCUCGGGUUAAAUACGCUUCAGGUUACAGACUCCGCUAACCCAGAAAUAUUACCUCGGGUUAAAAACUUUGCUUCAGGAUGAGAACAGGUACCACUGUAUAUCUAUAUUGUGAGGAGAAAAACAGACUCAGGGGCCUCUCUGAGAAGAAGUGUGGCCUCCAGAAUCUUCCUUGCAUAGCUGUGGAAAUAUCCAUCAGAAUCCUUCUAAGAAAUCCACGGGGUAGUUAAGGAUUUGAGUCGGCCCAAGUUUUGCCAGUUACAGAGUUUAUGUUAAUGCCAUCAAGGCAUUAAAAUGUUUUAGGAGCCUCUUUCUAAGUUUCUUCUAGUGCCGUUAGAAUGUUGUACUCAAGGCCUGGCUUCAAAUUCAGACAUGAAGCUCUCUUGCUGACUUUGGGCCAGUAGCUUGACCUACCUCACAGGAUUGUUGCGGGAAUGAGAUUUUUGUUUCGGCGGGGGGGAGGGGGGGAGAAUCAUGUACAUUACCUUGACCUCCUUCAAGGAAAGGUGGGAUAGGAAUGAAGUAAAUAGAUAAUGGAAGACUUAUGUCAGCUUUCUCUUCAACACAAGUUCAUUUUUGGCUCUGCUCGCAUUUUGAGAAGGCACCAUGUUAGGUUCCAAGCUGGGCUGGGAAAGGAGGCACUUAAUAGUCUUAUGACAUUCUUACUGUGCCACAUGCAAAGCAAAUAUUUACUCAUUUUGUGCCGCACCCCAGUGAGCUAGAACAUUGUAAUUCACACUUCAGAGAUUGUGGCCCAGUGGUUUGCUCAAAACAGGCGGUGACUGCAUGUUUCAUAUAAUGUAGUGGCUCCCAAACUUCUCCCCCCGACAGACCACUUGAAAAUGGCUGAGGGUCUUGGUGGGACCACUUAAUGGAUUUUCUGCCUGUUGUGGCAGCUGCAGUUCCAUAGAAUUCAAAGGGUGAUACGAUAAAACACAAUAUAAGAAAUAAGCGAUGAAAAUACAGUUAAAAAUUAAUACGAAUAUCCAAUGUGAUUGAUGUGGCAUCUCCCAUCUUCAACCACAAAUUCACAGAUGCUCAGCAGACCCCCUGAAUGAAACUAGCAGACCACAGUUUGGGAACACAAUGACACAUUGGAUUGCAGUGGAUUUACUUAUCUUGCCAAGGCUAACGGGAAGGAGUCCAGUAGGGUUGGGCUGGAUGCUUAGUCAAGUGUAGCUCAGGUGCUUGGGAGUCAACUAAAUAGUUGCACUAAUGCAAGGGGAUUUCCUCCCUCUCCUUCUCCUCUUGCACAUGACCCGGACCCUCACCAGGACAUGGAACGAUCUGCUUAACUGUGUGUUGGUGAAACAUGCCUGUAGGACCCCAACCAAUGGCUUGCUGAAAGCUACCAUCUCUUCAGCUGAAGGGCUUCUCUGAUCAAAGGCUGCUUUCCCUGCAGGGGUUCCGGAAUCUCUGGUACAGCCUUCUGUCCCUCCGUCACACCCUCCAGCCCUGGCAUUAUUCCCUCAAGCAGAUCAGCGGUCGCUUUGGGUCCAGCAUCCUCUCCUACUUCCUGUUCCUCAAGACAUUGCUCAUGUUCAAUCUCUUCUUGUUUCUGCUCCUGCUGGUCUUCGUGGUUGCCGUGCAGGCUGCUUACCCUCCUACCACACCCAACAGCAAAGCCUUCACAGGGCUUGAGCCCCUCACUGGAGCGGUAAGCAUUUGUCGAAUACAUCUGAUGUCCCUUUGCUGCCAUUGGACUAAAGCAGCGUACUUCUAAUCGUGGCAUGUGUGGAGUGAUAUUAAAAACGGGGGUGAGUAAACUGUGGCCAUUCAGAUUUCCUAGGAGUUUGAUUCCCAUCAGGCCCAGACAGCACAGGCAGUGGCCAGGCACGAUAGGAGCUGUAGUCCAGCAAGAUUGGGAGGGCCACAAAUCCCCCAUCACAACGUAAAAUAUGCCUUUCUCCUUAUUCCAACACUACUUCUGGAAACAAUUGCACAGCAGAGGUGUUUGCUUAGCCCAUGAGGGUUUUAAAAACCCCAGACUCCUCUGAGAAGAAAUGGGGGAAUUGUGAGUACAGUGGUACCUUGGGUUACAUAUGCUUCAGGUUACAGACAUUUCAGGUUACAAACUCUGCUAACCCAGAAAUAGUACCUUGGGUUAAGAACUUUGCUUCAGGAUGAGAACAGAAAUCGCGUGGCGGCAGCACAGCGACAGCGGAGGCCCCAUUAGCUAAAGUGGUGCUUCAGGUUAAGAACAGUUUCAGGUUAAGAACGGACCUCCGGAACGAAUUAAGUACUUAACCCGAGGUCAUCAGUGUCAUCAGUGGUUGUGUCAAGCAUGCAUGCGCGAGCCAUCCCCAUGUUGCUGUGCCCAAGUUCCUUGGGCAAAGAGUAAAGCACUUGAAGGACUGGAAACCAUUUCUCUCUUCUCCUUGCAGGGCUACUUCAAUCACACAUUGAUGUAUUACGGCUACUACAGUAACUUCACACUGAAUGACCCCUGCGCAUUCAGCCCUAACAGCAGCACAAAUUGCAGGCAGGGCAGGCCUGUCCAUCUGCCAUACAAUAUGCCACUGGCUUACGUGUUAGCCACCGGCGUCUCCUUCUUUGUGACCUGCCUUCUGCUGGUGUACAGGUGAGAUGAUACGGGUUUCAGGAGUUUUCUUUGCUUUUUCUCUUACACAGGAUCUGUCCUCAACCUUUUCAUUUUGUCUUUCCUUCUUGGUUGCAUUUAGAAAAUGUCUAGGUAUCUUCCAUAUUCUGCAUCCUUCCUGAUUUUUUACAAUUCCCUGAAAAUAAUAUUAAUUUUAUUAUUUAUACUUCACCCAUCUGGCUGGGUUUCCCCAACCACUCUGGGGAAAACAGAGGUGCUGGGCUCCAAAUAACACUUCCUCAUUCCCAUCAGUAUUUCUUACUGCUUUUUUUUGCUGCAGUUUGGUACACCCAACCUUCUCAAACCUGGUAUCCUCCCAUAUAAUUAUAAAUUCAGCUCCCCAUCAUUCCCAGAAGGCAGAGCUGAUGGUCAGGGAUUGUGGAAAUUGCAAUCCAGCAGCAUUUUGAGGCCUCUAGGAUGGGAAGGAUUGCAGCAGCAACAACGAAGCAAUCAAGAAGGGUUCAUAAUUGCCAUUCAAAUGUGAUAGCAUAUAUUGCAAGUCUAAAUAGUAACAUAUUUUGUUAAAUCUGCAGUCUUGUAAGCAGUUUACAAGAAAUGUUAAAAAUUAUAAUAGAACAGUUAAAACAUAUUUUUAAAGAUAUUUUUUAAAAAAAAAAACAGUUAAAAAGAUUUAAACAUGUCACCAUUUUACAAAAAUGAUUUAAGUAAGCAGCAAAAAGACCACAGCAAAGGUGCCAGUCUGGUGUCAAUAGGCAGGGAGUUUCAAAGCGUUGUUGCUACCGUGUUAUAAGAUGGAUUUCUCAGAACUGCAGAAAGAGUAUUACGUGGCAGCUACAACAGUGUCAGAGUAGUUGAGUAGGCAUAUAAAGUAAGAUGAUCCUGCAAGUAAACUGGUUGCAAGCCCUUAUGGUUUAUUAUGACAUGUGAACACUAAUAAUAUCUGUUUUAAGGUCUGCAAUCCAAUGCGUAUUUAUCUGGGAGUAAGUGCCAUGGAACAUGAUGGGACUUACUUAACUCAGGCAGUGUCAGAAUCUCUCUCUCUUUUUUCUUCUUCUUUUUUUUUGCCAGAUGGUCAACAAUCUGGUAUCAGAAAGAGUGCAAAUAACUUUAAGAAAUGAAAAAAAUAAUCAUGAAGGGUCUUGCUUGGAGGACUUGAUUUAAAGAAAGUAUUUCUAAAACAAGCAAUCUUGAUUGACGAUAUCUUCUCCCUUCUUCGCAGCAUGUCCCACUCCUUUGGGGAGAGCUACCGUGUGGACAGUGCAUCAGGGGACCUGGCAAUCAAAGUCUUCUGUGCCUGGGACUACAAGGUGAUCCAGAAACGCUCCGUCCGACUUCAGAGUGAAAACAUCUGCACUCACCUGAAGGCAAGUACUGAGUGUGCCAAUUCAGGCUGUGAAAAUGCAACAAGCUUGGUGGAUAAAUCAGUCUCCCUGGGAAGGCUGAGUGAUGGGGCUCUCGAUAUCCCAUGCAGCAGGAUGUUGUUGUUGUUGUUGUUGUUGUUGUUGUUGUUGUUGUUAUUGUUAUUAUUAUUAUUAAUUAUUUGUACCCCACUCAUCUGACUGGGUCACCGCAGCCACUCUGGGUAGCUAGAUGUGAGAAGGUAACAAGGCAUUUUGUACGACACUGAAUAUAAAUAGUGCAGCAAUAUCUAUGCCAUGAUGCUCAUACCUCUCCAAACUGUAUAAACUCUUCCUGAGAGAUGAUGCCACAUGGAAGAUGGAGUUUGCUUGCUUUCUGCUGCUCAGAGGGUAGGACCCAAACCAAUGGCUUCAAGUUACAAGAAAGGAGAUUCCAAUUAAACGUUAGGAAGAACUUUCUGACAUUAAGAGCUGUUCAACCGUGGAAUGGACUCCCAUUGGAGGUUUUUCAGCAGAGUUAGGAUGGCCAUUUGUCAGGGAUCAUUUAGCUGUGAUUCCUGCAUUGCAGGGCGUUGGACCAGAUGGCCCUUGGGGGUCCCUUCCGACUCUACAAUCCUAUGAUGAUGACAACAGCUCUGAUCUGCUCUUUUGUACUGAUAACCUCCCCAUAUUACAGAGCAGAUUACAGUCACACUCUUUGAUUCCUUUGAACUCCCAGGUGCCUCUCCCACAGAUUUAGUGCUGGCUCCUUUUGCAUUGGGUAUAUUGCCUACCCCUAAGAAAUGCAGAUUGGCCAUGUAACUAGGAAGUCAUGUUGCAGCCCCUGUCCUCAUUUAUCACUCAAGUGGUUGUUUUUCUUCUUUUCCUUUAUCAGGAGUGUCUGGCUGAGCGGCGAUCCAGGUCUCGCCCAUUAAACCUGUGCAAGAGACUGCAGAGGCUGGCAAUCCUACUGAUAGCCUGGACUCUGUCUCUGGGCAUUGUUCUGGGAUGUGUCCUAGGAGUUCACUACUUCUCUAUAUACAUUUACCAGGUGAGAUGGCUGCUACAUUGCUUUCCAAGGGCCUGCUGUGUUCUUGGCAGCAAGCAUUAUCUCUGAUUUUCUGGGUCUGUGGCAGGGACUCCUUAGUCUCUUUGGGGAAAGAGGCCAUCACUGGGCUCACAUGAGGCCUGCCUUCUCCAGCUUUGGGUCCCCAGAUGUUAUUAGACUACAAUCCCCAUCAUCCCCUGCUGGCCUGGGGUGAUGGGAGUUGUAGUACAACAGUGCCAGCUUUCCAGUUGUUUCUUCCAUGAAAGAUAGCCACUUUUCACUGUAAUAAACAGAUGAAGAUUAUUAUCUCCUGCAAUUCCCCAGCCUGAAAGUUGCGAUUUCAGUGAUAGUCAUAAAGGAGGCGCUGCAAUGCUUAUAUCCCGUUCCUAGAACCUAGAGCUCUGUUUGCAUUAAAUGUGGGGACUUGAUAAGAGUUGAACAGGUAACCCACAGUGCACCACUUUCACAGGUUCAUCAUGAGAAGCUCUUGACAAGCAACUACCUGGGCAAAGAAGCCCUGCUCCUGGCCCUGCCUCUGCUGGUGUCUCUGAUUAACUUUCUCAUCCCCUACAUAUACAACCUCCUGGCUGCCUGGGAGAAGCAGGAAUCUCCCGUCCUAGAGGUGUAUGUCGCCAUCUGCAGGUAACACAGAGCCUAGCAGCUGGAACAGAGGAGCAUGUUGCUUCCUCUGCAUUUUGUGUCCAGGUAUUGGCGUUGGUCCUCCAUGCCCGAAUGUGCUGGUGAUAGCUUUUUCCCUACCUCUUUACUCCUGCCAAGCAGAAGAACAAGAGAACUAAGUGGAUCACACUUAAAGCACAUGGGUUCCGCCAAAGAAUCCUGGGAACUCUAGCGUACCCCUUACAGAGCUACAAUUCCCAGCACCCAUUUAAACAAAUUCAUCUCCCAGGAAUCUUUGGGGGGUGGGGAAGCCAUGUGCUUUAAAUGCAUGCUGUGGAUGUGACCAGAUUCUCCAGGUAACAUUCUGGCAAUUGGAGGUGGAGUGGGUGGGUUUAGUCGAUCUAACUUGGAAACAAUUUUCUUCCUCAGAAUAUUGUUUCUUAAGAAAUUCCUUUCCUCUUUUUCUUUCUUUUUGUUUUUGUCUUCAGGAACUUAAUUCUGAAGAUGGUUAUCUUAGGGUUGCUGUGUUAUCACUGGCUGAGCAGGAAAGAGACGACUUCAGAAAUGGAGGUCAGUGUGAAUUUGUGGCAAGUGAAGCUGCUGCUGGGACAUUUCCAGCAACUGCUGGUCUUCUGUGGUUUUAUCAUACUGAACCAAGCCAGGCACAAAAAAGGUGGCUUUGUGUACUUGGAACAAAGUGACCCCCCACUCGGAUGGUUCAUAAUUUCCAGCAAAUAGCUCAUGAGAAAUGGGAAAGGUCUUUGCAGCAGGAAACCUUUUCUGGUGCUUUGAAUAACCUUUUAAACUUUAUUUAUGCCAAAUAUUAGUUUCUUAAAUCCGUUCAUUGGGCAUGCUAAAAUUGGAACAAUGCAAAGUAUCUUGUGGAACAGGAGGAGAGUUGACCGGCUGUAGCAAAGGCAGGCUGGCGUUGCUUUCCCUUGUUUUAACCUGCAGCAAAUAGAGCCCUGCCCCUUCAAAAGCAAGAGGCAAAAUGUCAUCUUUUUGCUGGCACGUUGCACAUAGCAGGGAUGGACUCAACUUCUGUUGCUAGGGAUGUCUGAAGCAACAGCAGACAGAAGAAACUGGUUGGCCAAGAGCUCCAGAAAGAGAAACACCCCUCCAUUUUGCCCAUUUUUCCACAGUGCUGGGAGAACUUUGUGGGGCAAGAGCUCUACCGCUUGGUGGUGAUGGAUUUCAUUUUCUGUCUCUUGGACACCUUCUUCGCAGAGCUGAUGUGGAGGUAAUUAUCAGGCCAAUCCCUUUCCCAAAUGCCAAAACUUACUCUGGCAAAGCUCUGCUUUGCAGUUCGGACUGACUGGGGUGGAAUCUAGACACAUACAAAAAUGCUUUUUAAAAAAGCGUUUUGAAAAAUAUAUUGAAUUUGCCAUAAGCUCACCAGCACCAUCUAGUGUCACAUUUGUAUAAUGCACUUAUAACAUUGUAUCUGCAGCUGUAUAGCUGUGUCCUGGGUUGAAUCCAGUAAAGUCAUUGCAUAAAUAGAACUACUUCAAUGGGCACAAUGGAACAUCUCCUUCCCCUACACCCCACAGAAUCUGCUCCAGAGGGUUGGGGAAUCCUCAGAGCAGAUGUGAGCAGAAGUUGUCCCCCUUGUGCAAUGACUUCAUGGGAUACAACCCAAUCUCUUUCUCUCUCUCUCUCUGACUACUACUCAGGGUUAUUUUGGAGAAGAAGCUACAGAGUAAGCGGAGGCCUGAGUUUGACAUUGCUCGAAAUGUUCUGGAGCUCAUUUAUGGACAAACCUUGACCUGGUGAGAGAUGCCCAUUUCCAUUUUUUUGCUGGGUCACGCCUUUCCCCUUCCCAUAUUCAUGUUAAAGUCUUAUGUUCUGUUCACCCUGCAGAUAAGAGCACCAAACUGUUUUUGAAGAAGGCAGAGGAUCUUUAGAUCGCAUACAUUUUAUUUAAAACAUCUACACCCUGUCUCAUGUGAGCUGCUCAGGGUGGCUUUUAGUGCAAUGACAUAUGUUAACAGAGGAAGCUGCCUUGUACUGAAUUAGGCCACUGGACCACCUACUUGAUAUCGUCUACACUGACUGGCAGGGGCUGUCUAAGGUUUUCACAGCCUUACCUGAAAAAGGCUGGGACUUAUGUAUGCAAAGCAUCUUGUUCUACCUUCGAGCUGCAGGUUCUGCAAAUAGCAAUCCUAUUAAAACAAAUAUCAAGACCAGCAGUAAAUUAAACAAUCCUAAUUAACCACUUUGAAGCAGGAAAGCUUUAAAUUUCCUUUAAAUCUCUGCUGCCACAGUCUUUCAGGUACUGCUGCAUAUCUGCACCUUGUUGUUGGUUGUUUAUUUGCAGUAUUUUUACCCUAUUUUAUAUCAUUCAAACUUUUAAAAUAGGAUCGCCACACCACAAAAACAUGCAAUGGGCUGGAGCCUCUGGGUCAAGCACAGCUCCUUAUCAUGGACCCCUUGUAGCCCAUCCAUCUCCACCUUCAAUCUUUCUGUGCAUUCAUUUCUUUCAGACUCUGCUAAAGAAUUCCACCUCCUUUAAAAGCCAGAAACUAGAUUGAAUAAUGUAAAAUACUUCACAGGAUUCUGGUUGCGUAAUUUGAGAUUCUGUGCAGGGGUUUACAAGCUCAGCGUAAGUAAACUACUGAUCUCUCCUUUUUGUCCCCCCGCCCAGGCUGGGAGUCUUCUUUGCCCCACUCCUCCCUGUUGUCCAAAUCUUCAAGUUGCUGCUCCUGUUCUAUAUUAAGAAGGUAAUUUAUCUGCCCAUCUCCAACGGGCACUAAUGCACUUUCCACUGCACUGAGGUGACAUGCAUUAGCAGAGGGUUGGCUUAUGGAAGUUUUGUGGACAGAGAAAUUGAGGUGGAGACAAGCUAGCAAAUCACACUGAGUGGACUUGCCUCCCAGACUGCCUUCGCUCUGUCCCGAAGACAAUUAAAGGAAAUGGAAACCUGACAGAGGUCCUUGACCAGCGGGAAGUAACCUAGAUUGUACUCUUAUCAGUCAUGAGAAGCUGAGAGUCAAAUGCAUGUGUAUAUAAGUGUAUUAUAUUAUAAUCCUCCCCCCCCCAUUAUUAAAUGAAAAACAGCCUUGGGAGGUGCAAUUCUGAGCAGAAAAGCAGUGGGAGAGAAGGGGUGCUUAUUGCUUUUCCCACUGGCCAUUUCCCCACUGGGUUGCUUUUCUUUCUGCAAGAUUCUAGACUCACGUUGCCCUUUAAAGUGCUUGCUGUGAUCAGUCUUCUUCAGUAUACAGUGGUACCACGGGUUACAGAUACUUCAGGUUACAGACUCUGCUAACCCAGAAAUAGUACCUCAGAUUAAGAACUUUGCUUCAGGAUGAGAACAGAAAUCGCGCAGCAGCGGCGCAGCAGCAGCAGCAGCAGCAGCAGCAGCAGCAGCGGGAGGCCCCAUUAGCUAAAGUGGUGCUUCAGGUUAAGAACAGACCUCCAGAACGGAUUACGUUCUUAACCCAAGGUGCCACUGUAUGGCUGAGUCCCACUCAGAAGUUGCUGUUGUUAGGAGAUUGAAUAAGCUAGUUUAAACUGUGUAUUUUUUCCACCCUCCUAGACCAGCUUGAUGAGAAAUUGCCAGUCUCCCAGUAAACCCUGGCGUGCAUCUCACAUGAGCACCAUUUUCAUCACCUUGCUGUGCUUCCCUUCUUUCCUGGGUGCCUCCAUAUUCCUCUCCUACACCAUCUGGGCGUGAGUAGAUUUUCUGUUCAGUUGUAACUGACUGCAGUUACAUUCCGGGUGUUAGAGGAAUGCUAUGACUGCUGGAUCUUUUGCUAUUCUUCUGUUAAUUCCAGUUCUCUCACCCAUGAUAUCUGAUAUCAAAACAUCCUGCCCGUUUGGGCUUUCCGUCCCAUUCUACUGCACAGCUUGUCCCCAUGCCCACCUGAAAGGCAUCUUGUUACUAGUCUGCAUUGCUCCCUCACUCAUCUUCGACCUAGCGCUAGUGCAGCCACACUAGCCUACCAUCAAGGCAUUAAAGUCUGAAUGGCUUCUCUGAUGCUGGUGAGCAUGCUGUCAUUGCGGCCUCUGAUGUGCUGCUUUUUUUAAACAUACAAUUUCUUGCUGUUCCUUUGAAGAAUGUGUCAGAAGUCUUGCAUUUGGCAUCCUGCUCACGGGACAUACUGUAAAGCACUCUUUCCAUAUGGGGGCGGGGGUCAAACAUAAUUAAGGGUUUUUGCUUUCAUUCUGGCAGACAUGUGCACCUGUUUUGAUACUGCUAAAUAAAUUGUGGUAUGGUACAGAAUAGGUAACAUAUUAAAAACUUGUCUUUGUGCAAAUUGGCAUAUAAAAGAAGUGCAGGCAACUCCCCAUUUAUGUGGGGAUUACGUUCUGAGGCGCUGCACGCUUAAGUGAAAUCUUGAAUAUUGGGAACACUAUUGAAAAGUCUGCAAAGACCCUCUAAACCUCCAUGCUCAAACUCUCCAUAGGCCACAGAGGUCAGUGCAAGUGUUUCUGGGAUCGCAAUUGCCAAGGCUCAUGCUAGAUUCUGUUCUUGCGCCAUGUUUGCUGUUUUUGCCCCUUUUCGGGCCACUUCUGGGUUUGCUGUAAUGCGUGCAUGUGCGGUGGCGGGUGCCUUGAAUGUGCAUAAAUGGGGAGUUGCCUGUAGUUGAAAAGGGGGCUCUAGCUACUGCAGGCAGCUGAAUAUUCAGACAUUUACACAAUCAGUUAUUAGUUAAACCCAUGUGGGGCCUGCAGUAAAAGGUUGCAGAGUGGAGUACUCCUGUUCAGUCAGCCAUGGUCUUCUGCAUGAUAUUCUAUUCUAUUCCAUUCCCCUCCCACCCAUUUUUCUAUUGUUUUCUUUAACUCAGACAGUCAGUCAGCAUUCCAUGGCUGCUGAGCACAAUCAGUUCUUAUUUGGCUAUCUUUUGUUUUGGUUUCUGUCUAAAGGUUGUUUCGUUUUUGCAUUUCUGCAAACCUUUAGGUUUUUUCGAGCCUGCUGGUAUCUCCCUCUUGUGGUGUCAUUUUGGCCAAAUAAUCAGUGACGCUCACCUUUGAACUUACAUUUUUAUGCUACAAAUGGCUUUGUAAAUUAUCGAAAAAUGGUGUAUAAAUGUUGUAAAAACAAAAUGAUUAGGUGUGUAGCUUUUGUAUGCCAAGUAGAGCAACAGUCUUUUGAAUAGCUCUUUGAUGCUGAGCUGCUCUUUGUCCAUCCAGAGUGAAACCAUCAAAGAUAUGUGGACCCUUCCGAGACCACGAGACCAUCUAUGAGUCUGGGAAGACCUGGGUUCUGAAGCUGGAGAAAUCCAACCCAAACCUCACCUGGUUUACCUGGAUCCACCAGCACCUGAUCCAAAAUAGCUUCUUCUUGUUUUUGAUUGCUGGAAUUUUGCUGUAAGUUGGAAAGACUCCAUUAUUUAUCUAAGCUUAGAAAGCCAUGGAUGGUUUCUCCCUUCCCAACCCAAAAAAAUCAAAGUGGUUUGGUGAAUAACAUACAGGGUUUACCGGGAAUGGCAUAUACCUCAACCUGUGAUAUAACUGGAAGGAAGGCUGAUUGUGUGCCCUGUUCUCAGCAUAGUUCAGUUUCAGUAGCAUCAGCUGUACUCUUCUGUAAAAGGUUGAUGGCUUCCACUGUGGGACACCUCCCCUUAUCAAGCUGGGGUACCUCAUAAGCUAGCACUAAUGCAACUUACUAAACCUGUAAAUAUAACCUGCAUAUUUCAAGCUUUUCUUUACCACUGUUGAUGCCAUAUGCUGUUCCAACGCCACCGCAAUUUCCUCUUUGGUGGCCUUCAUUUGUUGCUGGAUUCCCAUUUCCAACACCUGUGGCAACUGGCCACCUGGCUGGGGCUGAUGGAAGUUGCACAACAUUUGGAGGGGCACCACAUUAGUUACCCCUGUGUUACGUAAUCCAAUUACGAUGCAAUCCAGAGAAGAAAUUUUGGGGAGUUUCUUUGUCCAGCUAACCAUACUUAAAGGAAUCUGCAUCUCAAAGCUGUCAGAGGCUGAGGCACCAAUAUACGCGUGGGAAUGAGUAUCUUAGAUGCACCAACAUCCAGGAUUUCUGACUGCCCAAUGGAUCAUGAGGGUUUAAUGCCCUCCCUCUUCUCUGUAUGAGGGCAGACGAUGAUGCAUCAGUUCUGUCACCAAUCUGUUCCACAUUCCUGGUGUGCAUAUUACUCUUCUGCGCAUUUCUCACUUAACAUCUCUCUGUGCUCAUUCUGUCCCGCGCCUUUGUGAUUUUGCAGCGCUGUGAUCUACCUCAACUUCCAAGUGGUGAAAGGUCAGCGGAAAAUCAUUACCCUGCUGAAGGAGCAGAUUGCCAAUGUGAGUGGAGUCUGCUUUAUCCUGUGCAGUUCCGGGACCUGAAAGUGCUGCUAAUUCCUGCUUUGUCAGAGAAUAUGAGUACCAUGCUGAGUGGGGCCUUAAGAACUGGGCCCUUAGUUCUUGGAAUUUAUUGGAACCAAAGCAAAUGGGCUGCAGUCUGUUUCUUUCCCUGAAUGAAUGAAUGAAUGAAUGAAUGGAGAAUUAUUUCCCCUGUGGUGAAAAGCAGUGCAAUAGAAGCAUACUUGGUUUCUCAGCUUCCAUUGAAAGAUAUUUCUGAAGACGGCUGUGUAUAUGUGUGUGCUCACGCAAAGUGCUUGUAUACAAAAUUCUACAGAUGCAGCUUCCACAUUAGGUUCCUGCUGUGAACAGUCCCUUUGUCUGCAUGAAUCAUGCUAGUCAUAAUGGCAGGACACUUCACUAAUAAUAAAUAGAUUAAACUUGCAGUAGACCCCUACAGCAGUUAGGAAAACGCAAUGGGCAUUACAAACUUUUAUUAUCUGCCUGAAAUGCUUCUUGGGAGAUGGCAGAAUAGAUUUUAACCCCUCCAGGAAUGGCAAACAAGCCCAUGCUGCUGAAGAUGUCAGUCUCCUGUUGCCUCCCUUCAAGCUUCUUCCUGUUCAGGAAAUUUCACGGUAAUCUCAUCCACCUUCAGUCCCAGAACGUCCAUUCUCACCAUUUGCCAGCAAUCCCAGCUUCCAUGGAAAGGCAAAUGGAAAUGUUUCCUUGAGCUGGAUGAACUGAGCACAGAUCGUAUUUGUUUCAACCUUUUAUAUAGAUUCCUAACAUUGCUAGCAUUUGUUCAAGAAAGCCACUUUCCCGCAACUCACCUUAAUGUCUCUAACGUUCCAGGAAGGGGAAGACAAGAUGUUUCUCAUUCAGAAGCUUCAUACUAUAUAUGGGAAAUGAGAAUGCAGCAAUUGAAGAUGAGGUAAGGCUUUGGGGGCAGUUGAAGGUGAGGUAAGACUAUUGAGGAGCUCCAUGGAACUGACAAGAUGCUGCUGCCAAGCUGCUUGGCUGGGUAGCACAUACAUAAUGGAUUACUGCCUUAGCCAAAGCUAGUGUACAGCUUACAUGAGCCCAUCCAGGUGCAGCGGAAGCUGAUGGGGCGGAGCAGAGGAAGCAAAAAGGUAGGAGGAAAAGGUACUGUAGAAGGAAAGUGGAGACAGUAUAACAGAAGUUUGUAACUUCCUGAUGAAGGACCCGAGAGGUCCAAAACAUGCUGGAUAUUAGGAAACUUUUUCUCCUCUCCCUUUGCUUCCUGCUUCCCGAUGACCCCUAAGCCCACAUAGCCUGUGGCUUCUUGCCUGUGCAGUUUGUGCCUGGCAGGCAGGAUGCUUUUGAAUGAUGCAUCAAAGCACCUUGAUCUUCCCUUGUCUGAAUUGUGCAGUGAGCCUCCACGAAUACAGGAGACUGGCCCUGCAGUUUCUGGGAGGUGAUGAGGAUGGCAAGAGCUUUGCAUGCUCCCCCCCACUCACCCUGCUUAUGUGUGGAUUUUAUAUAAGCAAAACAUCUGCAGAGACUGGUAACGAGACAAGCUUGGCUGUGUUGCAGCGCUCUCUCCUGUUACUGCUUAAUGUAUGCAGAUGUACACACAGAGAGAAAGGAAAUGCAGUCCAUUUUUGAAAAUGUAUUUCACUAGGAAAUCAAAUUGAUGGAAGUAAAUUGCAGGACCUUGAGGGCAAGCAAGAUAUGAUGGUAGCAGAUUGGAGGGAAUCAGAUUGCUAUCAAUUUCCUAUGAAACAGGGCAGGGGAGCAAUUUAAAGUGCAGCACGGGAAAGUGGGAGGGGUGCUGAACUUUUGCUCUGCCUGUACUUUUCUCCAAGUUGUUUUUUUCUUCCAUCAGAAACAGUGCCUGCCAAAAAUAAAUUGGGGGGAGAGCAGGUGGGAGAAGGGCUUAGUACUGCUGUCUCGCCUAGGUUUCAUUUUAAAUGACCACCACUCUGCUUAAUAGGAAUUUGGCAUGAUCCGCUAACACUGGAUUGUGCCACUGUUGCAUCUUGUUUGUCGUUGGAUGCUGGCAAUCUCUUAGCUCUUCUGUUCACUUCCCAGCACACUCCCAAGGCAAUAAUUUACAAGCAAGAUUAGAGGUGGAGGGUGUGUUACUAACAGCUAUUCUGGUAAGUGAGGAAUGUAAAAGAGCACUAAAAGGAAGGACUGAAAAAUAUAGGUGUUGUUGCUGAGUGGUGCAUAUUUAGGACCAUUAUUCUGAUUGUAAAAAUAAAACCAGUUCUCUAAUAACAAUGGCAGCUGAAAUUUCCCUUUCAAUCCAGCAGUAUAUCAGUGGAUGGGCAAGAUGAACCUUUGCCUGAAAUGCUCCUUGUGAGAUGGAGGAUUGAUGUCAGCUGCUCUAGGAAUGCUCUGAGGAAUAGCCCGUGCUGCUGGAAAUGUCGGUCUCCUCUUGUCUGCCUUCAAGCUUUUCUGUGUUCAGAAGAACAUGAGAAUCUCAUCCAUCUUCAGCCCAAUAACAUCCCUUCUUAAUAUUGGCUGGCAGUUCCAGCUUCCAUGAACAGGCAAAUUGAAAUGUUCCUUGAGCUGGACCCAAGUACUUGAAGCAUACGGAAACUAAUGAUAUUUAAAAGAGAAGGACCAAACACUGAAUUUUUAAGAAUUGUAAUGGCCCUUCCUUUUGGGCUUUGCACAGUGGAUUUAUAGGGCCAUUGAAGCACAAUAAGAGGAUUGUAAGACAUUUGUUGGCAGGAUGCCAUUUUUACCAGGACAUCUUGAUUUGAUGUUAUUAAAAACAUUUUCUUUUGAAAAACUACCCAAUUACAGCUGUUCAUGAAGCCUGGGUAGCUCAGUUGGUUAGAGUUUGGUGCUGAUAACGCCAAGGUGACAGGUGCGAUCCCUGUAUGGGACAGCAGCAUAUUCCUGUAUUGCAUAUUCCUGCAUUGCAGGGGUUGGACUAAAUGAACCUCAGGGUCCCUCCCAACACUACAAUUCUGUGAUUCUACUUGUGAAGAUUUGGUUUCGCCCCUUCACCUUCUCCCCUGCCCCAUCCUUUCCUCUUUUGCUGUUCCCCUUGUUUGUGAGCCUGGUGGCAGUACAUCUUUUCAUUAUUAUUGAUCUGAGUAGCUUUGAGAGACAAUAAUUGUCAGAAAAACAGCAUAGAUUAUAGCUGAUGAUAAUAUAACAGAUCACCAUCAUCUUUUUCAAGAUUCCUUAGUUUAAAUGUACUUUUAUGCUUAAAUGUAUCUUUGUUUGAUUCCCCUCCCACCCCCAAUUGCUUCUGGACCAUUUCCUGAACAUUUAAAGCUCUUUUCUUGGCAGUGUUACACUGCUUAGCUCAAAAUACCUUCCCAAGGAAACUCCCCAGAUUGGUUCUGUCCUAACCGUCUAAAAAUUAGUCACACUGUUUUUAUUCCAUCAGGUUUUUAAAGGAUGAGAGGGGUGGCUAUUUUUAAACUUUCAAAGUGUCACCUCCUUCACAUGGCCCAAAGUCUGUGAUUGAUUCUGGGCAAAAGGAGGCAGGGCUCGGCACAGAAAAUUAGUCCAAGCAAGUUGCUUCUUCACUGAUGUACAGGAUGGAUGGACAAAUGGAUCCUUUGCCUUUUCACCAUUCUGUUAAUCAAAGAUCUUGCCAUUGCAGCAGAUGAAGCAAGGGGCAUGGGGUUUGGUGUAAAUGACAAUGGUUAGUGAGAAUGACAUGCAGCUAAUAAAAUCACAAAAGGAUAUGGC